AUGAAUGCUUAUGCAUGUAAUAUAUUUUAAUAUUAUAAUAGAUCAUUAGAACAAAAUGAAAUUAUUGAAAUCCUAAAUAAUUUCCCUAUAGGCUUAUAGGAAACAUCUCACCAAAUUGAAAAUCCAUUUGGUUACAAUGUCUUAAAUUCAUGAUUGUGAUAAUGUUUCCCUAUUUAAUUCUAGAAUUUUUCCUACUUUAGUAAUAGGCAAUAGGGUUAAAUCUUCUAUCCAAUUAGGAAAAUCAGCUAUUCUCCAAAUGCUCCCUAAAUUCUAAUAACUUGUUAGAAGUUAGAGGAUGGAAUUGGAAUGGAAUAGCCAAUUCUAAUAAAAGAGUGAAAGGAUCCCUAGUUCUUUUACUAAUCAAGUGAAAAUAUAUAAAAUGGGUUAAACAUAAUCUAUGAUAUAUUUAAGAAUCAAAAUUAUUCAAUCCAGAUAUUUUAGAACCAAAUUUACCAAAGGAACCUCGUCAAUAGAUUUAAUAUCUCUAUAAUAAUAAUUUGAUCAAAGCAUUUAUAAAUUAUAAGCUAAUAAUAAGUACAUUAUUAUAGAAUAUUGA